CACCUCUUGCAGCUCAACCACUCGACGCGCCGAGGCGAUACGAAUGAGUGUCGUAACCGACUGCUUGGACCGUCACAAAACAAAAGAGAAUAACGCCUCAUCGUGAAUGCCAUCGCCACUCAGUUCCAACCGCGAAGAGUGCUGUUGAGCCCGUUCCCGGUUCUGUGCUCCAAAAAGACGGAAAGGGAUCUGAAAAGUUUCACGCAGACAGAUCUUGCGUCAACCAAGAUGAAUCCCAUAUCGCUCUUCCCACCGCCGACGUCGACCAUCUCGCGCAACGCAUCCACAGCGCAGGGAGGGCGACACGGAGGCGGCGCCGCAGGCGGCAGCGGAGGACGCAACAAGACGGCGGCGCAAGGCCAGGGAAACGGCCAAGAUGCUGCAGGUGGCGACAGCGGCGACGGUUCAGGGCUCAGCGCUGGCGGCUUCUUGAAGCGCACGAGAAGCGGGGGAUUCGGGUCCGGAAGCGGCGGCGAGACGUUUAGCAGCGAGAGCGCCCCCAAGCCUGGCUUCCGAGAUCGACUGAACAGCGCAAGACUGUCGCUCACGCCGCACAUCAGGCGCGCCAACAGCAUUAACAUGCUCAAUGCUGCCGCACAGACCGCCGCUGCUUCCGCAGCGAAGUCAACGGCCGCGGCCGCGACGACGAAAGAUCAUGCGGAGAAGGGUGCAGCAACACCUGGCAAGUCUUCUCGCAGCCCAGAAGCGCUAGCAAGCAACUGGGAGAAUGUCGUGCAAACGAGUGCGUCGCAACCGUUUCAAGCGCAAACGAGCGCUGUAGCACAAGAUGUGAUGCUUUCCCCAGGCUCGGCAGAGCCGUCUUUCCCAACAGGGACGCUCUUCCUACCUGGAGAGGAGCCGACAGCCGAGAGGGAAGCGGCGCUGCAACUGCGCGCGUUGCCCAACGCAUCGUAUGCGUUCGUACCGUCGUCUUCUGCGCGGAAUCACAUCUCGACCAGCUCGUCGCCGAAGGCCAAGCGCAACGGUUCAAACUCAGACAAGGCUCGCAUCGCUUCCAUAUCGUCGGUCCGAGGCGGCGGCGUUGGCGACAUGGGGGCGAGCUCGCCGAGCAGCAGCAGCAGCAGCAGCGCUAUUGCCGUGUCGCACGUCGACACGGCAGCGCUGGCCGCCGCGAGCGCGCUGUACGCCGCGACGAGUGGCCUCAACUCUGGCAAGGGCGCCAGCGGCAAGCGCCUCCCAAUGGGCCUUUACUUUGAUUACCUCAAGCCGGAUGAAAUCAAGCUUGCGCACGCGAUGGAGACUGAAAGCUAUGAGCAUGGCGACGCGGCGCCGCUCGAACGCUUCAGGUAUCGCCACAACCGAGCUCCGCAUCUCUUCCUCGGCGCGUUCCUCCCAAACAAAAUGGUGCAAGGCGGCGAAACGCGGCACGCUGCUGCGCUGCCCGUUGAGCAGCUCCAGAGCCCCAAGACGGCCUCGAGCGCUAGCUCCGACGAGGGUGGCCCUGCAUCUGGCGCUGCCCCAUCCGGUGGUGGGCUGACCAACACCGCCGCGAACAACUUGACGCAUGUGGAUGGCAGAACGGGCAGCUUGUUUGUCAGCACCGGUGCGACGAGCACCGCAAAACAGAGCGCCCAGCCCCCAAGUCCCCUCGCGGCGGCCGAGCAAGGGUCAGCGUCGGCGUCGGAGAGGAGCCGGAAGGAGAAGCGCACACUAAUCGGCUUUGUGUGCGCAACCGCCGCCGGCGCCUACACUGCGCGUGCAAUAAGUCUGCACGACGACAGCGAAGACGCGCACCUCGUCUGCAUGCACUCGAUCGUCGUCGGCAAGAUCUGGCGACGCCGGCGGAUCGCCAAGACGAUGGUCGACACAUUUGUGCAGCGCAUCCGCGACGCUGAACUCGGCAAGAGCACGUCGGAUAACCAGAGCGCCGCGAUGGGCGGGCUGGGCAUGCCCGUCAUCCGCAAGCGUGGCUACGAGACGGCCGCAGUGAUUGUGCACGAGGAGCUCCUGCCGUUGAUGAAGGCGUGCGGUUUCCUGGUGCUCGGCAACAGCCACGUCCAGUACGGCAGUGGUGACUGGAUCGAGUGCCGCCGCCACAUCGUCCCGCAGAACAUGAAGAAGGUCGUUGCAGACGGCUGGGCGCAGGACGAUGCGGCACAGCAGUUGCAGGAUCGCGAAGAGGAGCGGCAGUGGCUCGAAAAGAAGAGCGCGGAGCGCAAGGAGCAGGCCAUUGCGUAUAUUCAGAGCGGGGCAGUUCCCGCAUCAGGCAAGGCCGAUACUCGCGAUAGCUCCGACUCGGAGACCCAGCUGUGCCUGUCGCCUAUGCACAUGGAUGCGCCGCAGCUUUUGCCAUCCGGCACGCUUUCCCCAAGUCCUGCAGCGACGGCGGGCAAGUCUUCCCGCUCCAACACUGGCUCCUCUGCCUCAACUGUGCACAGCGACGACGCCGGCGGGCAUGUAUCCGCCCCUUCCACCGGUAACAACAGCCUUUGCACGUCGACGCUGCUCUCAGCGCUGCGCCAACAAUCGCUCUCUGCGUCGCAGAGCUCGCAGCGCAACCCGGGCCAGUCCUUCUCUGCCAUCCUCGGUUCGGCGCUGGCGGGCAAGACGGCGCACGAGGACGCGUUCAGCGCGCUCGAAGCGCGCCUCGUCUCGCGCGAACUCGGUACCAACCUUGCGGACGUAUACUGCCCACGCGCAGAGUGCGGUUGCAAGAUCAUGGGCGUCGACCGCGGCAUGUGGGAAGUGCGCGAAAUCGGUCCACUCAUGUCGUCCGAUCUCAACCUGCCCAACUCGCCCGCACCGCCAAUGCAUCCCUCGCCGCCGCAGCCGCCUGCGCAGGCGCGCGUGUCGACCGCAAACGGACCGGCGCUACCUGUCACGCCCGGCCAGGCGUUCUGGAUCGUUCCGACGCCGCUUGCGUUCGACAACAUCAGCUUCUCCCGCGAUGCGAAGUGGAAGCCCGUACCGGGCGCCCAGGUGACGAGCCCGAGGGCGGAGAACCACGUAAGCGGAGCGCUUCCAACCACCAAGGAGGAGAAGCGCGAGCAAAAGGAGCGGGAGAAGAAAGAGAAAGCGGAGCGCAAGGCGACGCUCAAAGCCGCCAAGCGCCAAAACUCUAUGACGCCGUCCGUGUCGCCUCCACGCGGUCUCUCGCCGCAGCGUUCUGCGUCUCCCACAUGGGGCGAGCUCUCCGAUCACCUUCUGGACGGCGGAAACGACAGCGCGCCCGAGUUCACUGUCAAGUACUUGCUCUGUGCCGAAUGCGACUGCGGCCCGCUUGGGUACAGCAUCCUGCCGCAGUCGCUGACAGGCGGUGGGCUGGCGCACCAGGUCGGGCAGGAUAUUAAUACGAGUCAAGGGCAGCAGGGCCAGGACGGCUCAGACGCUUCGCCUCAACGGCUUCGUCAGGAGUUCCUCAUUGCUGCUGAUCGUGUGCGAUAUCGGUUCAGCAAACAUUAGUAUUCUAUCUAGAAUGAUGAUGAUGACUGUGUACAUUGCUUUGUAUGAAAUGCAUCGAGGUUGUCUCC